GGCUUCUUUUGCUUUUCGAGACCAAAGCCGUACAGUACAUGAACAGAUGAGAGAAAAGACAACAAGUUGAUAUGAUUGUUGUGCUUUCCCAUGACUUUAAAGAUUGCUCAUAAGUUUUAUUGGUAUCAGCCAAUCCGUCUUCGUUCUGCUAUUCAUUCUAAUGGUAAAGACGUUGAGAAAAAUCGCCUUCGAAGAAGCCCAAGUGCCAAGUCCGAACGGCGCACAAUCCCUGCCUGUCGGUCUUGCGACCCCUUAGAUCCGAGAAUAACAAAAAAGAAAAGAAAAUAAAAAAAAAAAGAAAAUCCUUUACCUAGGGAUUUUCAGCUGCAAACGACCACCAGUACACAGGACGGUCGCCAUAGCUACGGCAGCCGAAUUUUCGUUGUCAACACAGUAGGAACAGCCCUUCAACUCGAGCGGACGGAAAUAACACAGAAACAAACGUUCAGUGGAAAGUGUAUCAGUGUGUUGUUCGUUUUGGACAAUGGCAGCGACGCCCGUCAGUUUCAUGUCUGCCGACGCUCGGCCCGCCGGAUCCUCUUCGCUCAACCAGCAGCAGCAGCAGCAACAACAACAACAACAACAACACGGCAGUAUAGUGGCCGCCGUCGUCGAAGUAGUUAGCAGCAACGCCGAAGUGGCCGCUCAAGUGGAAGCUUGCGAUCUUACCUUGUCGUCAGCCAACAACAACGCGGAUCAUUUGGGAUCGGAACACGCAAAUUCGGACGUGGCUGCGGCUGCCGUUGCGGCCUUAGAAGCGGAAGAAGCGGCCGAGGCUAAAGACGCUAGUGAAGAAGAGAACGAUCACAACAACACGGACCAUACGUCGCCGAUUACUGUCACCGUGACGUCCGGCAGCACCCAGUAUAUCGCCAUGGCCGCCGACGGUGCGGUAUCCGACCGAUCCGUCUACACUUCUCUGACCCCCGUUCACGCUCCUGCGUCCAUCGUAGUGAGCGGAAACGAGACGUUGGUCGGCGAUUCUUCAGUCCACUCCACGUACGUCCAAUACGUUGACGGUUCUCCCGAUUCGGCUCUUUAUGCGGCAACUAACGGGCAAAUGACUUAUCCGGCCUAUACAGUCGUGGAAUCGGGGGCCAUGUACUCACCGGGCAACGGCCAAUAUUACACGAGUGGCGGAGGCAGCAACAGCAUCACGUAUUCACAGGUGGCUCCGGGACAAUUGACUCAGACGAGUGGUGGCACAUUUUUGAUCCAGCAAGGCGUCGAUGCCGAUGGGCACACGCUCAUUACCACCACUACAAGAGCAUCUCCACAAACGGACGCAAAUGGUUCUUCUUCUGCUUACCUGGUAACGGGUUCGCAAUCUGGUCAUAGCCCUUCAUCCGCCGCCGUUGCUGUCGGAGGCGGUGCCGAUUCCGAUUCGCACUACAGUCUGGCCCAUGCCACCCGAGUAUCACCCGCCACUGUUCAAUGGCUCAUUGAUAAUUACGAGACGGCCGAAGGUGUCAGUCUGCCUCGUUCGACCCUCUACGCUCACUAUUUGAGGCAUUGCAAUGAACACAAACUGGAGCCAGUCAAUGCCGCCUCUUUUGGCAAACUCAUUCGAUCCGUCUUUUUGGGAUUAAGGACCAGGCGAUUGGGCACGAGAGGCAAUUCCAAGUAUCAUUAUUACGGCAUUCGCGUCAAACCGACGUCGUCCCUGAAUCAAAUGUCGGUGGAGGAAUCCAGCCCGCCAGGUGUUCAACGACAUCACCCGAACGGCAAACGCGGAGCGAAAGGCGGGGCACACAGCAGCAGCGGGAGCUUGGACGCUACUUCUCCUACCCAUCAACAAUAUUUAGCGCAUCGAAAUUUAGGUGAUGCUGCCGCUGCUUUGCCUCACUGGCCCGACUUGGAAGCCGACAGUAACCAAUUGCCGCCAGGCAUCGAUAUCGACGAUCUCCAGGCUUUUGUGACCCUUUAUCGAGAUCAUUGCGAGGCCAUGCUGGACGCCGUCAUCAGCUUGCAGUUCAACACGGUGGAAACGAUUUGGCGCCACUUUUGGCGUAGCGCCAAUAACAACGAGGCCGUCGACGUCGGUAUGGAAGAGGAUCCUGAAAAAAUCUUGCCAAAGGCUAAACUUUAUGUCCUAUCGCGUUGCGAACCUGUUUUGAUUUUCGUCAAAAAAGCCGAUUAUCAGUUCUAUCAGAGCCUGGUGGAAGUGCUCAUACCCGACGUGCUUAGACCCAUCCCGGGCACGUUGACGCAGGCCAUCCGCAAUUUCGCCAAAGGACUGGAAAAUUGGCUCUUGGCGGCCAUGAACGGUUGCCCGGAAGAUAUCGUCCUCGUCAAGGUGGCGGCGGUUAACGCCUUCUCGCAAACGCUGCGGCGCUACACUUCUCUGAACCAUUUGGCUCAAGCGGCCCGGGCCGUGCUGCACAAUUCGGCGCAAAUUAGUCAAAUGCUUUCAGAUCUCAAUCGUGUCGAUUUUCACAACGUCCAGGAGCAGGCUGCCUGGGUGUGCCGUUGCGAUCCGGAUCUAGUCGCCUGGUUGGAGAACGAUUUCAAAGCGACGCUACAAAACCAGGCCACGCUGGAACAGUGGGCUCAGUGGCUCGAAAGCGUCGUCGAUCGAGUCAUGAAACCCUACGAGGGUGGGUCGACGCAGGAGUUUGCCCGCGUGGCACGCCAGUUUCUGCUCAAAUGGUCGUUUUACAGUUCGAUGGUGAUUCGUGAUUUGACUCUAAGGAGUGCCGCGUCGUUCGGUUCCUUCCAUUUGAUUCGACUCCUCUACGAUGAGUACAUGUUCUAUUUGGUGGAGCACCGUGUCGCCAUGGCGACCGGGGAGACGUCGAUCGCCGUCAUGGGCGAAUUCUUGAAUUUGACGCAGCGCUCAAAAGAAGAGGACGAUGUCGGUUCCCCGUCCGUCCCGCCGUCACCCAGUGGCUCGUCGGGAUCGCUUCACGUUGGUGUCACGGCUUCCCUGUCGUCGCAGAAAUCGGGUGCCAACAACAACAGCAGUAGCCACACGAGCAGUAGUCAUCAUUUGCAUUCGAUGGCCGAUGGCAGCUCCAACAACUCUAAACGGCCAAAACUGAGUUGAUUUUACUCCAACACUCAGCCGAAACCCCAUCCGUCGAAAGGAAAAUCUUGUGCUGUCAAACGUUGCGGCCAUCAUCUGCUCCUCUUUGCUUUCCUUUAUUUCUUUUUUUUUUCUAUUGAUAAAAAUUGCUGAUGCCGCUGCUCUACCACCGUCAAAAUUUGCAUCUUGCAUUUUUUUUUUUGGCCCCGCACAACUCGUUCGUUGACUGGCAAACCAACAACAGACUCUCUCCUCUGAGCCAUGAA